GAAUUGCUUUAUAUAAUUUAUAUAAAUUUAUCUGCGAAGCUGGAUGAGAAGUUUUUCUGUGCGACUAAACGAGCGAAGUGAAGCGACUUUUUCUAGCUCUAACUAUAUAUGUCUUACGUCGCUUUCAUCGAUGUUCUUUACGUCAACAGGUGUACAUACGGGGGCGAUGCUUAGGUAGUCGCCUACCACGCGAACUGCAUAUUAAGACGUGUUACAUGUACAUGCCGUAUUUUCAGUCAUCGACGUGACAGCAUCGGUAGCGAAUGACCGUCGAGAUUCGCAUUAAAAGACUUUCUGGAAAUCUUGACCCGACCCAAGGAUUUGCGACAAUCUUUAUGCGAACCAAAGAUAUUUGUUUAUACCAGUGCCGACUCAACGCGUAGUUUCGAACGCAAGAUGAAUCAUCGCAAUAAUUAUCGAGAAACGAUGUAACAAGCUGACGAUUCAAGAGUGACGCGAUUCUGUUGCGGUCUGCCAGAUGAUCGAUCGACCGGAUCGAGCGAUGCGUCGCGUAUCCUGUUGAAAUUCAAAAUAUAUCUGAGAAGUGUAAUAUUUCAUCCACUGUUUGGACAUUCCGAUCAUGAAUAAUUUCUUCGAAACCGACCGGCAAAAGACCUCGCGAGAGAUUCAGCAAAGGAGAACCAGAGGAGAACUGAAGAGAGACAUGAUAUUGUGGAGUAAAUAAUGCAGCGAAGAAUCAACCAGAAUGAAAGUUUGAUAACUGAGAUUUUGAAGUAAAAAUUCAUAAAGUUGGAAAAAGAAAGUGUAGAUUUUUAUAAAAUUAGGAUUCUUUGUUGUGUCUACGUAAUAAAAAGUACAUGAUAAUGCUUGACACUUCGCUGGAUCGAUUCUCAUCCGGCGUUUGAUGACAAUAGAAUGAAAAUGGUGCGGGCAACUCACACGACGAAGAUGAGGGAUGCGGUUUCGCAGAAAGGAAGUACUAACGCAGCUACUCCCAAGCCCAAACCAUCCCUACAGAUAUAUCGACCCCCAGGUGGGAGAGCGGAAGGAACCACGGCGAACGUCACUAAUCUCCGUUUAAACGUGCACGCCAAGGAAUUCACUAUGAAGCAGAACGAUUCGCAUCUUUCUAAGUCUCGAAUUAACGCAUCCGAGCGAUCCACGUAUUAUCUACAGCACAGCAAGUCGAGUGGUAAUAUACAUCGAUAUCUCUAUGCUCAACAACAGCAACUGCAGCAUCCUUUGCAGCAGCACCAUCAAUUCUCAUCUCGUCAUUCUCACAAUCAGAAUAGCCAUCACUCGACGACGAAUUCCACAUUACGUCAGUCUCAUCCCUUGGACACGUCCGCGUCCAGCGGAAACAUCUUACAUACUACGAAUAGAGUACACUUCAACGUAGAUCAAAACGAAAUCAGGACAAAUUCCGUAAAACCAGGCAAGCUUACCAAGUCGCACACUUUUGUGUCCACUUAUGGUCUAAAGCGUUCCAAGAGCUUGAAUACGGACGUAUUAGCUGUCAAGGCAUUCAAUAUCGCGGAUGCUUCCGAACUUGGAAAAUUUCCUUCACCUAUUCAAGAUAUACUCUUGCGAGCGAUAGAAGAUCCAAAUCUUCUAAACGCGAGAACAUUGAUGGAACUAGUGCGACAUAUUCUGGAAAGAGCAGUGGCAAAUCGCAAAUAUGCCGAACCGGCAGCUAAAGUUUGCAUCACAAUUAUAGAGAAAGAAACGAAGGAAACCUUUUUGGAAUCCUUGCUAAAUACGUGUCAGCAAUGGUAUCAGGAUCGCGCUAGAUUACUAUACGAUGACAUCAUCUGUCAUCGAUUCUCAGCCUUUAUGACGUUCCUUAACGAGAUGUAUUGCCAGCUAAAACGACGACAGUUACAACUGAAGACCCAACAAGAGGGCGUUCCUCCCGGACGCGUGCUCCUCACACUGCUUUGGAAAUGUUGCCAGGAUUGUCUGCUACCGCCCGUCAUCAACUCGCUCGCCGAGACGAAUUGCCUGUUCGUCAUCCUCACGUGCAUCGGCAAGGACCUGGACGCGGAGCUGCCCGCGCAGCUGCAGCAGCUGCUCGGCAGCGUCCGCGAUGCCUUUUUAGCGGAGGAGACGACGACGCUGCCGCUUGUCAAACGGACGCUUCUACAGCUGAUCGAACUCCACGCCGCGCACUGGCAGCUUCCGGCCCCGGCGGUGGUUUACUACUACCCUUCGAACUCGAACUCCAAGUGACCCGAUACAUAUAUUGCUCUCUCCGUCCACUCAUUGUCAGAUUUAGGGAUGAUUCUUCCACCUUCUUUUAAGAUAAGUUCGAAAAAAAGAGAAUAUCCCAAGUAACAAACUGACGUCACUAAACGUCAAAAUAACGUCAGAUAAUGACGUUUUAGAUAAAUUCGAAAAAAAGAAAGGAAAAUAUCUCAAGCAGCAAACUGGCGUUAUUAAACAUCAAAAUGACGUCAUUACUUAUCUCAAGAAGUUGGAACAACCGGCUCUAAAUGAUGAAAGGAUACGGAUGUACAUAUACAUAUCUUAUGUUUUUUCUACGCUGGAGGGAUCGAAAUGUCUUUUUUUUCACGAAAAUCGCGCUGAGCAAGCGUGUUUUAUUACUUGUCGAUGCGAUAUAAAGAAAUGCACGAACGAAAGCACGAUGUCGAUUUAUAAACGUUAUUUUCUCUUUUUCGAAGAAUCGCGAACGAGAGUUCGCGAUGAUCUCCUUUCUGCGAAACGGAAACUUUUGUUUUUGAGGAUUCUGUAUGCAGAAUGAUAAUACGAAUAAACGAGUUCUUUUGCAUAGAUCGAAGGAUAAA